AAAUACGCACAGUAGAGUUCAAAAAAAAGAAAAGAAAAAAAGAAGAAAUAUGUACAGCACGAUCGAAUCGAAGCUCUCUUCUCUUUCUUCUCUUUUCCACUUGGUGAUUAUGACUCUUUCUCUCUCUCUCAAUUCUAUCUCUAGAUGAUGUGGUUAUUAUAGCCAACAUUCACUCGUCGAUGAAGUUAUGAUCCAACAAAUCUAGAUCUCAAACCCAACACGUCCAUGGUUUUGUUCAAACUCAAAAUCAGCAGAGGAAAAUGGCGAUUUUUGCCGGGAACUUUGUCUGCAAAGCAUCAUUUGGUCUUCAAUGUCGAGCCCUAUUGAUUCCCUGGAUGAAGAAGAGUAGUAGCAUUGGGUGUUCGAGUGGCAGAGCCAAUAGUUCUUCAUUUCCAGUUAAGUACAUUCCCAAGAAAACUUUGAAGAAGGAAAAACCUGAAAUUUCCAAGAAAACAUUGAAGACUGAAAAAUCUCAGACUGAAAAACCUCAGACUUCUUCUACAUCCAAGAAGGCACCUGAGAAUAAAGUAAUAAAAAAUGGUUCGGACCAUAAUGCAUUGAGAUUUGAGGUUCAUAAUGAUGGCAAGAGUUUACAGAGGAGCUUUGUGUUGGAUAAAAACUCACAAAAUCAAAAUCAAAAUCAAAUGCCCAUUCAUUACUUAACCUAUCAUGCCAAUCAAGAAUUGAAGGAAGAAACUGAUUAUGACGAGGGAGUUGUGGAUUGUGAAUCCAUAGAAGAACCUAAGGAGGUUGUAGAGGAAUUGGAGAUUCAUUGGGAGAAGAACCCUCACUAUCAGGAAGCAUUACAAGGUGUUAAAACUAAUAAACAAGAUGCAGAGAAGAUGGCAAUUGAAUUACUUGCAACAAG